AUGGUGGGAGGCGUGAUCACGGUCCCCUUGCUUGUCGCCGGUACUUUCGACGCGAACCUUCCAGCGGAGCAGAUUCAGUACCUCAUCUCCGCGGCCCUGAUCGUCUCGGGAAUCACUUCCAUCAUCCAAGUGAUGCAGGUCAAGAUCCCCAAGACCAACAUCGUCAUCGGCACGGGCCUCGUGUCCGUGAUGGGGACCUCUUUCACCUUCCUCCCGGUGGCGCGCGAUGCCAUAUCCCAGAUGAAGGAAAAGUCUGAGUUCCUCGACGACAACGACGAAUUUGACGGCGUGAAGGCCUACGGCGCGGUGCUCGGAACGUUCCUCGUUUGCUCCUGGGUGGAGAUCUUCCUCGCCUUCAUCAAGCCCAAUGCCCUGCGCAAGGUCUUCCCCCCCAUCGUGACCGGUGUCACCGUGUUCCUCAUCGGCGCGGCCCUCGUGGGCACGGGUUUCAAGUACUGGGGAGGCGGUGCCUUCUGUGCUGACAACUACGCGAUCGACAUCCUGUGCGGAGGAAACGGCGAGGUGGUCCUGCCCUUCGGGUCCGCCGUCUACGUCGGCCUCGGGUUCUCCGUGUUCGCCAUGCUGGUACGUACAUUCCAUCGCGUAGCACCGCGCCCCAAAGCAAGACGCCGACCUUGA